AUGUCAUAUCAUGAUUUUAAUAAUACAAUGUUAUCAAUAACGAUGGGUGCAUUCCAAGAGAUAUUCCAUUAUUACAUUUUUCCAAUUUAUUUUAUUCCUUAUUUUUAUAUUUGGAAUAAUUAUAGACUUGUAACACUCGAUAGUUCAACAAUCAGACAAGGUGUUUUCCAAUAUGUAAAUGUCUGGCUCCACUAUCUACCACUCUCAUUGGUAGUCCAUCCUAUUCAUUAUUCUUUUCAUCAUCAUUGGAAUAGAAUAUUUCAAUUUUGGUUACAUAGUGAAAUGUUUCCAAGAAUAAAAUGUCUUGAAACUAUUUUCGUUACUCCAAGUCUUCAUAAGGUUCACCAUGCUUCCAAUGUUGAAUAUCUUGAUAAAAACUAUGGUGGUGUUCUUAUCAUAUGGGAUAGAUUGUUUGGAACAUUUAUUGAAGAGGAUGAUAAUAUUGAUUUAAAAUAUGGAAUUACAGAUGAUAUUUCAUCAUACAAUAUUCUUUGGUUAAAUGCUCAUCAUUUUUAUUAUAUGUAUCAACUUUCAAAGAAAUUGAAGGGAUUUUCAAAAUUAAAGGUGUUAUGGAAAUCACCUUCCUGGCAUCCAGAUCAUGAUUUACCACAGAACAAUUUAGAGACACCGGAGCCCAAUCCAACCGAACAAAUCAAACCAAAAGAAUUAAAACAAAACGAUGUUUUUAAUAUUAUUUUAUGUAUAUAUAUGGUUAUCGAAAUCACUGUUCUUUCUGCAUCUGUAACUACCCUCGAGUUAUUUAAACAUACAUUUUCCGACACUGACUUGGCUUUAAUGACCACUAUUAUGGUAGUUCAGAUCACAUCUAUUGGGUUAUUGCUUUCCAAAAACUAUCAGCAAUCCAAUCAAAUCAAUACGAAUAAUUCUCACGACCAACCAACAACAAUGUUUUUUUCAUUUUUUCCAAAAGUGUGCACUUGGCAAACCAUAAGAAUAUGUUUUUCUGGAUAUGCAUUCAAUCAAAUCAUUCAAUGGCACUCAAAUCCUGAAGAUAAAGAAAUAGUUGAAUACUAUACUUUUAUGGUUUAUUUCACUACAGUUCAACUAAUAUCUUGGAUAGUUUCAAUGUUCUAUGGAGAUGCUUUUUUACUAUCAAAAUUCUGUAGCAACUCAUACAAAGUCAAAUUAGCUUUAUCAUUAACACCAAAGUCAAAAAUAAUAGAUUCAAAAGUAGACCAAAUAAUUAAAUUCAUUGACGAUAGGUAG